AUGCGACCUAAGUCUAGUUUAAUUUGGAGAUUUUUUAAUCAAGUUAAUGCAGAUUCCGCAAAAUGUAAACAGUGUGAUAAAACCUUUUCACGAAAAGGAGGUGGCACUACUUCGCUUAAACUUCAUCUUAAAUCAAAACACGGUGAUAAGUACGAAGAACUUUUGUUACUAGAAAAAGAUAUCCAACAAAUACCACAUACCACGAAACAGCUGACACCAUUACAAGAGUGUAAAAAACAGCUGUCAAUAACAGAUUCUUUAAAAAAUAAAGGCGCCUGGGAUGAAAGUAAUGUCAAGCAAAAAGAAAUUGAUAAAUUAGUAGCUGAAAUGAUUGCAUUACAAAACUUGUCAUUUAACUUUGUGGAAGGUGUCGGCUUCCAAAGAUUAAUGCAGGCAGCAUUACCACGCUAUCAUCUAAGAGGUCGGCAGUAUUUUACUAAUUUGCUGUGUACUGAUAUAUACAAUAAAAUUAAAUUAAAGGUGCUGGGAUUACUUAAGCAAUUUGAAAAGUUGUCAUUUACUACAGAUGUGUGGUCAGAGCCCAGCUCAAAUGUAUCGUUACUUAGUCUUACUGCUCAUGGCAUCACCAAUAAAUAUGAAAGAGUUUCUAUAAUACUCAAGUGUGAACAAUUAGAGGGUCGGCACACAGGUGAAAUUAUAGCAAAUAAUUUAAACAAUAUUUUGAAAGUUGGGGCUUAA